CGGGCGCCUUAUGUAAGGGCAGGGGCGGGGCGGCGUUGCUGUGGCGGCAGCGGCGCCAUGUCCUGGUACCGCAACGCCGUGUGGUUCGUGAAGGGGCUGCGGGAAUACACGAGGACCGGCUAUGAGUCUGCUUCCAAGCACUUCAAUCCAGCUGAUGUGGAGGUGGACGUGGCUGGAAGAUCCUUUCUGGUCACUGGUGCCAACAGUGGCAUUGGCAAGGCCACAGCCAAAGAGAUAGCGAGGAGAGGUGGCACGGUUCAUCUGGUUUGCCGAAAUAAAGAACGGGCAGAGGUUGCCAAAGGAGAAAUAGUGACAGAAACCGGCAAUCACAAUAUCUUCUUCCAUAUUGUGGAUCUAUCUAAUCCCAAAGAAAUCUGGAAGUUUGCUGAAAAAUUCAAAAAUGAACAUAAAUUAAAUGUGUUGGUCAACAAUGCAGGUUGUAUGGUGAAUAACAGAGAAUUAACUGAAGAUGGACUUGAAAAAAACUUUGCAACGAACACUUUGGGAACAUACAUUCUGACAACUGCCCUGCUGCCUCUCCUGGAAAAAGAAGCUGAUGCCAGAGUGAUAACUGUCUCUUCUGGGGGCAUGCUAGUUCAAAAAUUAAACGUAUCUGACUUGCAGUCAGAAAACGGGACAUUUGAUGGAACUAUGGUGUAUGCACAAAACAAGAGACAGCAAGUUGUCUUGACAGAACAAUGGGCAAAAGCUCACAGAAACAUCCAUUUCUCUGUUAUGCAUCCUGGCUGGGCAGACACUCCAGCUGUGAGAUCAUCAAUGCCAGAUUUCUACCAGAAGAUGAAGAAUACCCUGCGCACAGAGGCCCAGGGAGCUGAUACUGUUGUAUGGUUGGCAGUAGCAUCUGAAGCAACAAAGUUACCGAGUGGCUUAUUCUUCCAAGACAGGCAACCAGUCGCUACGCACUUACCCCUGGCAAGCACCCACAGUCCACCUGAGGAUGAGGAGAAGCUAAUGGAGGUGCUGGAAGAGCUCUCCCAGAAGUUUAAAUCUACUUCUUCAGGAACUUAGUGUCACUGCUGAUACAGUAAAGCUCACACAAGAGAAAACUGGCUUUUUCACAGUAAUUUACUGGAUCUAGUUUAAGAAACAACACCUACAUUCGUGCAUCUUUCUACUGAUGGUGAAGACAGUCAGCUCAGACCAAGACAUUCAGGCGGGAUUUAUUUUGUGUUACAUAUUUCACGUUUACUGCAAAGCCAAGGCUAUCAACAAAAAUAGUGAUAACAUGUUUUCUCCUGAACUGAGUGUGUUUGCUAGCAAACUGCAUACAGAACCCACCAAGCUGCACUGUUGUUUUACACAAGGCUGCAGACCUUAGACACAAACGUAACACAGGCAUUCUUGAGCCCUCUGCAGUGACUGGUAGCUAAAGGCCCUGCUGAUGGGCAGAAGAGAACUGUUACGUCUGCUUUACAUAUUUUAGUUUCCCCAAAGUUAUCCUGCUGGCUGGCAGCAUUUACUCAUUAUACAAAGACAUACUAUUAAGCAUCAGUUUAGAAAAAAACUUUUUUUUCCAGCCUAUUAUCAGUCUCCUUGGAAAUAGCGGCUUUACUGUCAGAGAGGCCCUGAAAUAAGUUUUCCCAUGAUAAGCAGUGCUGAGACAAGUCGGCUGUCACAGCUCUUCCUGAAGAGGCUGGAUCAUCAUUCCAAUGAUUGCUUCAUUUUAGAAACUUAACUCCUCACGCUGCAGUAAAAGAAAACAACAGCAAGGCUUGGACAGAUGUUUAUUUCCUAGAAGUCCGGUGUUAACAUUUCGUAUGGUUCAAACUGUUAAAUACAGUUGCUGAAAACAAGAAUGUGGCUGGAAGCAUAUAUAGUAACUACACUUCUCAAUCCAGUAGCCCCAAGGACUAAUAAAAACAUUUGCAUUAUUAUUUAAGUCAAGUUGCUUCUCAGCUCUGCAGUAUAGAAGAGAAGUUUAAUGACUGGUAUUUAAAUAGUUCAUAAAAAUAACCAAUAGUGCACACAUUAUAUAUAUAAAACAUUUUAGUCCACAUUCUAUAUUGAUGUAUUUGAAUAGGCUAUUAUCUUUUUAGUCACAGCUUAAAAACAGAGUCAAAGGUAUGAAAACUGCUUUAAUCAAAGUUUGGUCACAGUGUAAAAGAGCCAGAUACUAUGGUUUAAGAGCACUUGUGAUUUAAAAAUAAUUAAAACACAGAACAGCAACUAGAAACAAAACCCAGAACCUCCCACACUUUGGUAUUGCGGUCCCAAUGAUGCUUUAUUUCAGCAAGAAAUUUAUUUCCCACAAGAGCAAACGCAGCA